CUUGUUUACCAUCCGCUGUGGAGGCGGAAGUAGAGCAGAUACACAACGCUGGCGGUGGUCACACGUGGGUAGGCAAGUUUAUCAGAGUAAUGUGCUGGAUCCAACUUAAUUAGAAACAUGUCAAAGAGGCACACAGCCAUGUCAGAAGGAACUACCGCUUGUGAAGUGGGACUCGAGGAGAGCGAGCUCCAGGAGCCUCCGCCGGAGACCAGACGGACCCGCAGCGGCCGCAAAGUGCGCACUCCUGCCGCACUGCUGGACUCAGAAGCCCCGGUGAGAACCCCCAGCCGGAGGACCAGGAGGUCCGUCCUCCAGGAGCUGCCGACUGCAGAAAAGAAAAACACGGAGGAGGGUGCGGGGAAACUCGAGACUCUGACCGAGGAGAAGCUCAGUAAGUCCGUCGAACCGGAGCCGGUUGUCGCUGCCUUGUCGGAGCCGGCGGGGCCGCAGGCUGCAGCAGAUACCGACAUGUGCGACGUUAACGGCGGAGAAGACGUGCAGCCGGCCGGGCCUGCAGCAGCAGAAACGGCACCCACGAGUUCAGAGGCCGCUCCGAGUAAGAAGCCCCGGUUGAGUUCAGGUGGAAAACAAAGUCCGGUCAUCCCGCUGGGAAAACCCAAAUCCGGCAGAGUGUGGAAGGACCGCAGCAAGCUGAGGUUCUCUGCAAUGGUAAGAGACAAACCGUUGUGUUCUUCAUGGGAAAAGAAGAUGGAGGCCAAACGGGAGAAGGAGCAGGUGAAACAGUAUACUUUGCAGCUUAAAGGGGAGAAAGUCAGACAAAAAGAGGAAAAGAGGAAAAGGAGAGAGGAAAACUUGAAACGUCGUGCAGAGAACGAACGCAAAUCAGAGAUUGUGCAAGUGAUCAGGAACACAACAAAGAUCAAGAGGAUGAAGAAGAAACAACUGCGGAAAAUCGAGAAGAGAGACACGCUGGCUCUGCUGCAGAAGUCACAGAAGCAGAGAGUAAAAGCCAAAGAACAAAAAAGUCAGAAGGUUGACCAAGUUUUGACCUAAAGACUGUAAGAUAAUAAAAAUGCAACUAUUCAGAAUGUGGCCUACAUUUUUUAUAUUUAGAUGUCUGGAAUACUACAAGCACAAUUGUAUGGGAGUUAAAAAAAAUAGAAAAAUUGAAUUUUGCACAAUAGAUGAGAUUGCUGUUGGUCAGGUCGUCACCAAGGUGACCAUCAACACAGUCAAGAUUCAACCUUUUCUGUCGUCUUUUUUUUGCAUUAGAAGUAUCCUAUCAUUGAUUUGCCUAUUACUCUGUUUAAUUAUCUAAAUAGCCUUAAGAACAUCACAUAUGACCAAUUUUGUUUUACUUACAGGAUGUUAUAUUAAAUACAAUUUAAAUUCUAACUGUGAUCAAAUUGUCACACUAAUUGAUGGCUGGGAAAUGCAAGAAAAUAAAAAGUGAAGGAAUGACGAGUUUAGAGUAUGUACCAUUAGCACAACAAUAUGAGUAAUGUGUACUUUUCAAUUGUUAGGUGCUCUUCAGUAUUGUCAUUAAUAGUUACUGUGAGGAUUUUUUAACUAGUAAUGAAACAGUCUCCAUGUAAUGCCAGUGCCUCUAAAUGAAGUAUAUGAGACCAUCAGCAAGAAGAUUUUCUAUAAAGUUUUUAGGAGUUACAGUAGCAGAGCUUAGCCUCGCUUCUCCACCAGUCCGUGCUGGGAUCCAGAACCAGGACUGAGCGACGCCCCUGAGCAAUGUGGGCUGUCAGACCCUGCUGCAGUAAAAUAUGAGGUUUUCUAAAGGGACUCUAUCUCUUUUUGUCCAGAGGGACUGACAAAAUCAACACAAAAUGAAAGUUCCUUGUAGUAACUUUAAAUGCACUUAAUAAAUGACAUGGAACAUAACUAUAAACAAACAUGCGUCAGAGUGACAACUUACGUCUUCAUUUAUUUAUUUACUGGUUAUUACUAGAAAAAGUAAAUCUGUUGAGCUUUAUUGUGUGGUACAACCAAAAGUAACCAGAAUAUAGAAAAUGAUCAUGUGGUGAGUUUGUUUUGUCAACUUCUGUUGCAAAAGUCGAGGACUUUUAAUAUUAUUUUUUUAUUGUGAUGGAAUGGGUGCUGG